AUGUUCUAUACCUAUGCGGAGAAGCAGGGAGGCGGCUUCUUUGGUAGCUGGCAGAUGCGCCAGGUCUCGUUUGACACAUUGCGUCGGUACCUCUACUACUCCGAGGCAGUUAAGAACGAGUUGCCUGUCGCUCACAGCCACACCUCUGAGGCGGCGGACCCCACCACCACCUCUGGCGAUAAUCGCAGCAGCGGUAAUGUUGCUGCGCAGCCUGCACACACAGAUCAGGCCACGCCAUCAAGCGCCUCCUUGGAGUGCGCAGUCAGUGAGGUUACAGUACCUCCGACAAGCUUCAAAUGGCGGCGCAAGGUGAAGGUCACAGGAGUGCUACCGCUGGCCACAAGGCCGGAGUUCAGCGCCGUCCGCUGCCUCCAUGAGCGUGACUUCUAUCGGCUCGAGAUCGAAGGCGAGUCUCGGCCGAUGGCGCGCGGUGAGACGCCGCCAGCAGGCCCACUUCUUUGCCCUGCAGCCGGUCUCUCCCAGCAUGAGCGGUCUCGCUGCAACUGGAGCAACGACGCCUACAUCCGCGACCCCUUCUUUCUGAAGGAACUUUUCGACAGUCUCCGCGACCAAUUUGAGUAUCUGGAAGCGGAGCGGGCGCGAGCGGCGGCAGCGGCAGCGGACAGUGGCGACGGCGCCGCCGACCUCACCAGCAACUCUGUCGUUGGCGCAGGCGUGCAGACGCUGGUGAGUCCUCGCGGUCCCAAAGGUGAGCCGCUGCAUGAGGGUGUCGUCGUUCCGGUUCGACUCAUCUUUCGCUUUCGUGAUGAGCGAGAGUUCCGUCGAUUUUGGUAUGUGCUGCAGUCGGUACUCGGCUACGACAAGCUCAUUGUGCGACCGUACCGCGGGCUGCCUCCGUACGACCCGCGAAACGGUGUCGCCUUCGCCCAUAUUCCCAUGUCCGUCUGGCAUACGUUUCAUUCGCUCGACAAGGCCGUCUUCUACACGUUCAUGCGGGGCAACGUGUACACGUUGGAGGAGGCGUCCUGCGGUGGCACAGCGAGCAACAUCGUAGCAUUCCAUGAGUCAUCCAUGUCGGGCAGUUUCGCAAGCACGCUGAGGCUGAAGCGCAUAUUAAAAGGUGCGUACCUCUGCGUCACACAUGACUCGGUGCUGUGCAUGCGUGACAGCGGUAGCAUCCCUCGCUGGCUGCGCCUUGCGGAGGUGCAGGAGUUCCACUGGAACCUCGUUGCCCGCGAUUCGGCCGCCAACGUGCUUGCCCCCUUCUGUGUGUUCAUCUCAGACGAGCCAAUCCCGGAUUUGUUCUUUGAGCCAUUGCCUCCGGUCCACGGCACGGAUGCCAUUGCCGCGUACACCCCGCUGGUCGAUAUUCGCCGUCUUGCCUGCGUCAUUCACGACUCCUGCUUUGCCUCCCUCAGCACGCGACGAGUGAUCCGCAUGAGGGAGGUGCAGGACGCAUCGAUGGAGUCCUACGUUGCCCGCACUGUGCGGGAGGGCCAGCGGCGGCCUGUCUUGGAACGUGAGGCGGGCUACAACAGCACGCUAAGCUGUCCUCUGCCAAAGGAGCAGCUCGCCACGGUGUGGCAGCAGGUGCAGGCAGAGCUGCUGGAGCGAGGCAACAUGGCAAAUCGUGCUGCUAUUCCCAUCUACGCCAGUAACGCUAGAGAUGUGGAGCUCUCCGAGGGCCAGCUUUCAGCGGUAGAGCGCGCGCUAGACGACACACGAGAGCGGCGUGACGACAUCGUGGGCAUGCCGCUCGAGCGUGCCAGGCAGCUGGAGCGGCAUGACAGGGCAGCAGCAGCCGUCUUUACACCCGCAAACAGGCCUCGUCAGCGGCACCGAGACACCAGGGUCGGUGUGCAUAGGGACCCAACCCCGAUACGUGCCUCUGCGUCUGCUGCGCGUGAAGGGGCAUCUGCUGCAACGCCAUCCCCUACGACAACGGUAGCGCGAGUGAUGCCUCUCACCAUGGAACUGCUGCAGACGCCCCAAAUCCAAGGUCACUUUGCGGCCGGCACUGCAAGCGGGCAGGCUGUGCAAGUGUCGGAGCGUGAUCAGGGUGACGCGUCCAGCGUGCAGAGCAAGAGUUGCAGUGAAUCCACCGUGGUGGCGAGCGAGUACUCGAGCUACUUGGUCCCUGGUGCACGCUACAUAUCCCCAGAGGAGUGGCAGAACGUGGCGUAUGCAACCGCCGCCUCUGCGCUCUCCGCGGAUUCCCCAGCGGACGUCCCUCGUCACUCAGCUGCGGCUCUUGGGGCAGAUGGCGGCGCAGCCUCGACGGGCAAGACUUUUACUGCAGCAGCAUCGCCGCCGUACGGUGAGGAGCGCACCCUGAAUGAGAUCAUCGGUCGCAGUAUGGCAGCCCUGGAGGAGAGCCGCACCGAUCUCCAUCACCUCGAUCCGUGA